UCCAAAGCCAAAAAAAAAAAAAAGAGUGAAUAUUUCUUUUCUUUUUAUAAUAAAGUCUCAGCAUAAUCAAAGGCAUUUCAAAUUUCAAUAUUCUCAGAAAUCGACAAAUCUGUUCAGUUACCGUACAACAAUGUAUGAGCCACAGCAGUUAUUGGAUUUGCAGGGCAACAAUGGCGGUUUCGGUGGCGGAGCUGAAUCCAAGUCAUGGCUUUCCGGCGAAGACCGUUCUCCAACUCUCCGUCGAACUAAUUCUUCUCUCUCUAAUUCCGCUGCUGCCGGAAAUGUUGACCGUAUGCUAUUCAAUGACCUCGUUGAGAUCGUCCCUCUUGUGCAAUCCCUCAUUGAUCGGAAGGCGAAGUCUUCGUUUACUAGAAGGGGAUCAAUGACCUACACUAAAACUCCUUCGAGAGAGUCGCUUUACAAGAAGACUUCUGAAGCAAAAGGAAGGAAUGCAGCUCAAUCAGUUGCAAUGAAAAGGAACAGGAACCAAAAUAAAAAUGUUGCUGGUGACCAAGAUGGAUGUGCUGAUAACGUUUCAAUGCUUUCCUCAAGAUCAUAUUUGUCAGAUAAAGAUAGAGAAGAGUUGAUGGCUUUGAGGGAGCAAGUGGAGGAUUUGCAAAAGAAAUUAUCUGAGAAAGAUGAACUUUUGAAGGAAGUAGAGAUCUCAAAGAAUGAAAUGGCUUCUAUUUAUGCUAAACUAGAUGAAAUGAAGAAGGAAUAUGCAGAAAAAGACUCUUUACUCAAAACGACUCAAGCGCAACUAUCUGAUGCAAAGGUUAAGUUAGCUGACAAGCAGGCAGCUGUGGAGAAGUUAGAAUGGGAAGCUAUGACUUCCAGCAAGAAAGUGGAGAAACUACAGGAAGAUUUAGAGAUUGUGCGGCGAGAAGUGACAUGGUUCAUGCAGUUUGUUCAACAAUUAACAAAGAACCAUUCUAGCGCUUUAGCUGAAGAUUAUGAUGUUAUACCUUAUUUUUGCAACAAGAGCAUUGAAGCCGAUCACCCAAAUGAAAUAGGAAUGCAGGAAGUACAGUUCGCAAGAGAAGCUUAUAUUGCAGCAAUUGCUGCUGUUAAAGAAAAUCAAGAUGAAGCAUCUUUUUCCGCAGCUGCCAAAGCAAGAUUAUAUCUGCAGUCACUUGUUCUAACAUAAACAUGGAUUCUAGUUGGGAAAUUGAUUGCUAUAGUUUAUAUGCAAUUGCUAUGCAAGUGAUGUUGUUUAAAUAAUUAAUGGCGACGGUAAAUUUCUCAAUAUUUAAGAAAUGUGUCCAUGGUUGGUUGCUGAUGUACAGAAGCUCUCUGUUGCCACUUUUAAGUGUAACUAGUGAGUGAUGUGCUAGAAUUCUGGACAGUAUUGUUGAAUGUCACUUUUAUUUUUGGGGGGCUCGACCUUCCCAUUUCGA